GCGGAGACCGCGUCAUGAAUGGCGUGAUCGUCGUCGAUUUACGAGGCGGGGGUCUGGUGUACGGCAAAGCGCUGUCUGCAUCGUUUGCCAAACACCACCCGCACAAGACCCACAUGAACUUGGCGGCGCUUCUCUUUGCCAUCUACAACUACGCGGCAUCGGUGACCACGGACGCUGCGGCGGCGGGUCUGCGGCAAUAUGAAACCCACAUUGAGCGCCUCGUGUUCGAGGUCGCUCCAACCAAGCAAUGGCUCGUUGUGGUCUUUGCAGCAACCCGUGGCCUUCCAGAAGAUCAGUUGUGGCGCAUGACCAACCGACUUGCCCAAGGCCUGGAUAGCUUCGACGCACCAGCUACCGAGUCCCGUGUGAGUCAAAGCAAGCGCCUUCAUGGCAUUCUCUGCCAAAUCCUAUACGAGUCCAUACUGUGCAUGGCAAAGGCGUUGGUUGCCAAUGUGAAUGCACUUCAAGUUGUUGUGUACUGCACGCCGCCCAAGAGCUUCCACGACGACGUUCGAGCACCAGAGCUUUCGGCCAGCGCAACAAUUCCAAGCCAUUCCAGCACAAGGCAUUUCACAAUUGCGUCUGUGUCGUCGAGGUGGAGGCGAAGGUGGCAUGCCCUGUGGAGAACGAAUAGUUCGCGGCACCACCAAGUGCAGCCGCAGCUCGGCAUGCCGCCCUCUGGCUCAGCCGUCGAGGCACUCGUAGACUACACCCGAACAAACGAACGACGUGUGCUCGUGAGCUGCCCCACUGUCGACGGCGAACACGCCACUGCGCCAGACGAAUGGACGACUUCGACAGUCGAGGCCGUGCUAGCCUCCUCGACAAGGAUCGAUGGAAGCAGGAUACACAAGGCUGCAAGAAGUGCGACAACGAAGAUGUCCUGGCUGGUUCUCGAGUGGGAUCGACUCCAUGUGCUCGUGCUGCAGUCGGGCGAGCCGACGAUGCCACAUUGUUGUGCAUCACCUGAAGCGCCAACGAACCCAUGGCCACCCAACGUUGAGAGUCGGCUACAAACGUUGCUCGCCGUGGCCGACAAUACGUGGGGACUGAUGCCGCCACCACCACCACACCACAACGGUUAAACAACACGCACGAAUGCACGUGUUGCCAAGAUCACAAAGCAUCGGUGGCAACCAUGGCUCUUGGAAGCUCAAGGCGCGACAAGCUCGUUGUGUAAACCGGAGAAGUGUUUUCACGUUUCCGAGCUACAGGAAAGUGAAGGAGUUCGGAGCCCCCACGUAUACGUACGUUGUCAGGCGGUCUAGGUCCAAUGGACGUGCCUGCUCAACAACGGGGUAUUGGGCGAUGGACAUCGAUCUAUGAGGUGGAGCGCGCAUCGAUCGAUGCCUUGGCGCAACGGCAUGCGUAUGAAGUGGAGAGCGCCGACUGGCGCGGGUCAAGACUUCAAGUGCUCUGGGGGCUCAUCCAUAUGCGUUGCCAUGUGGCUUUGUCGCGAUCUUGUCGCGCCGAUCGUGCACUUCCUCGGCAGGAGAAACCUAGAGGCUUUACAAUUCACUUUUUGAGACCAA